UUAUUAGCCGCCCUCAGUUCUAAAAAUCGUGCACGAUGUUGUCUGCGAUGUUGUUCUCGAUGUUGUGUUAAGGGGAGGAGCGGACGCUGUUCGUGUAACAUCGUCGGUUGACAUCGUGGACUCGCCAAAAAGGACGAUGUUUAGGGCAAAAUCGUCGACAUCAGGUUCUCACACCCUAGUCAAGCUCAACGUCCCACUGUUUUCGCUUCCUGUUCUUCAUUCAUCGCACACCCGUCGCCAUCCCCGCAACCCAUGUCGCAAGAGCAACGUACUGUUACCAAUGAGGUUGACUCCAGUUCUCCUUCUUCCCCUCCCCUCACUCCCCGCCCACCUGAGUACGACGUUUUACCUGCGCCUACCAUCAGCAGGGCAGAAGAAUCUGACCCCGAGCAGGAAACUCCAUUGACCCGCUCGAGCAUUCGAUCUCGUCGUCUCUAUCAUCAGAAUGGAGCAACAAACCAAGACUUUUUUCGAAUGAGCAGACGACCUCAACAACAGCAAAGUCGGCAGCAACUCUCUGACGAUCCUGUUCGCGACGUUCUACAUCAUCAGUCCCAGCUACGGCAACCACCACAGUCACAACACCAACAGCCUCAACAACACCAGCAGCCUCAACAGCCUCAACAGUAUCAACAGCAUCAGCUGUACCCAAGGAACCAACAGUACCAAGAGCAACUGCAUCGAAAGCAGCAGUUUUCUACUUUGGAGCUUCUUCGGCUGCAGGCCCUGAGUCAGGUAAAUAAAACACGCGACACCUUUUCUCUUCAUUGCGAUAAUCCCUUGUUCCCCACCCAUUCAGCGCCAGGCACACGCUAUGGACCUUUGCAAACGACCGCUGCCUCCCUUGGUAUUGCGUCAAACAUGGGACCCCUGGAUGUUUCUCAAUUGACGUAUCCUUCGCAGCCUCAAGACCAUAUGUCAUCACCGGUCUCUGUUGCCUCAUCACUACGUUCUCCUCUGCUUUCGGCAGCAUUCCCUUCCCCGACUUUAACUGCCAGCAGCGUAUCCUCCAAUUCCCCCGCAGUCCCAAAAAAACUGCCUCGACGGCCUUCCGCGCCUACUCAGUCAGAGGCGAAGGGGAGGUCGAAAGGACAUGUUUUCACAAUGGACCAGGAGACGUAUAUCGCAGAGCUGCUUGCGGACCCAGAGACUUGGUCUCUUUUGGACGGUCCAAGUGACAGAAACAGCUACCACAUGCCUAAGACCGAGGUUCGUGAAGGCAUUGCUAAGAAGGUCAAUCUCAAGUUUUCCACGGAGGAGAAGCCGGUAACCCUUGAUGGCUUUCAGAUCAAGAACAAGAUCGAUAACAUGAAGAAAGUCUGGAAGAGGGCUAACCUGGCUCUCAACAAGACCGGCAAUGGAGACCUGCCCAACAAGUCAUUGAAGGAGAAGGUCAUCCAAAUUUGUCACUUCUACUACAUCUUGGUCGAGGUCUGGUCUGCGUCUUGGUCCUUGAACCCAAGGGAGCCCUAUCAGCUUACCGGCAACCUCAACCGACCUAUUCCGGACGACAACGACAUCACUAGCGACGAGAGCGACGGGCAAGGCACUGGAGCUGGACCGCCGGACUCUCCCAAUAGACUCCCAGAAACCAGCGCUGUACGCGGACACCGGAGCUCAACGACACCGGCCAAGACAUCCAACAAGCGUGGAAAUGAAGGGUCGGAUUACGUCGCCAUGCUCAAGAACUUAUCUGACAUAUCUGAAACAGCGCACGAGCUCAAACGACAGAAACUGGCUAUCGAGGAGAGGGCAAUCGAGGAUAAUCGCCGGUAUCAAGAAGCGCAGAUACGAUUCAUCGAGAUGCAGACCUUGAAGCUGAAGUCCGAAAUGGAGGCUGAAAGGAUGAAGUUGGAGAUCGAAAAAAUUAAGGCAGCCGCAGAGAUGAAGAGAGCAGAGGCGGAAUUGGCGAAAGCGCAGUACACGGGAAGAUCUUCACAAAGUCCACAGAGAUGUAGUCCUAGCCCGCAGAGAAGUCCUGGCGGUGGAAGUUCAUCCAAGUAUCAUCACUAAAGAACUGCUAUAUUUUUUAUUACUCAUCGUCUUCUUUGUAAAACUGCGGCCAUGAUAGUGAUUCGUUUGUUUAAUGCCUCCUCACGCAUCUGUCUCUGUUGAGCAGGAGUCAACUCAUCGUCGUUAUCGUCGUCACUACCACCCUCGCUACCACUGUCAUUUUCUGCAAUCGUGCCCCUCGCCCUCCUUUCCUCGACCUCCUCUUGUAUCCAUCGCUCAGUCUCUUUUUCAUACGGAUUGUGAAUCCCACUCGUCAAAAGAAUAUUGCGCAGGACAACGCAAGCCGCUACAUGCCUACUUGCCUCAAAGACGCUCUGGUUGCUGUUGAUAUGGAUUCUAAGGCAGCGGAGGGAUUUGAAUCGUCCUUUGAGUAGACCAAAGCCAUGCUCCACUUUCGUCCGGGUUCCACUGAGUUUUUUGUUGAAUUUGAUCUUGUUGGGCGUGUGAUAUUCUCUAGGAGUUAACUUACUAAUUAAACAAUCGGACUGAAGU